AUGUCUAGUUCUCCGCGACGAUGGCUCUUCGUGGGCUUUCCGAUCCUUACGUUUUGUUUUAUAUACUAUCUCUUUCGAUUGCCCGAAUCCAACCCAUCAAUCCUGAACAACUCAGAACAACUUGCUCAAGCCGGAGGGGAAACAAUUUUGGUAGGGGGGCAGAAGCAGGAGACAAGACCUCCCCCUCCCCCUCCCAAAGAGGAGACAUUGGAGGAAAAAUGCGGCAACCUACUACACGCACUCGACGAUGUCAUGGUCGUAAUCAAAACUGGCGCGACUGAAUCCCUUGAAAAAAUCCCCGUCCACCUCCGCACCACCCUGCAAUGUGUCCCACACUUUGCCAUCUUCUCCGACUAUGAAGAAACAAUCAACGGUGUCCGCACGUAUGACGUCCUCCGCAACGUCAGCGAGACAACGAUGAACCACGAGCCCGAAUUCGACAUCUACCGCCGUCUACAAGAAGUCGGACGCGAAGGCCUAACAGAAGCAGAAUGGGGCGACGACACAAACGGACCACUAGGAAAAGUGAACAACCCGGGUUGGAAACUCGACAAAUGGAAAUUCCUCCCAAUGAUCGACGAAGCACUAGAAGUCAUGCCCGAUGCCAAGUGGUACGUCUUCCUCGAAGCCGACACCUACAUGGUAUGGCCGAACCUGAUCAACUGGUUGGCACACCUCAACCCAGAUCGGCAAUACUACUUGGGCAGCCCCAUGCAGAUCGGUGAAACACUCUUUGGCUACGGCGGGGCGGGCAUCGUCCUUUCAAGCUGGACGAUGACCCUUCUGCACGAGUACCAGAUGGAGACAAAGGAAGAUCUCGAAGCGAUGACCGCACACGAAUGGGCAGGCGACUGCGCGCUGGCGCGAGCGCUGCAGGACGUGAAAGUGGAUCUGACCUGGGCCUGGCCGAUGAUGAUGACAUCACGGCCGUGGGAAAUCGACCAUUUCUCCGAGGGAUACGGGCGACAGCCGUGGUGUUACCCUGUUAUCUCGUACCACCACAUGGCGCCGAAGGAUAUCGAAGAGAUGUGGGAGUUUGACCGGGCAAACUCAUCUACGAUGGGGACUUUCUCGGCGCGCGACGACUGGGAUAAUCUCUCUGGGAUCCAGAUUGAUUUUGCCGCUGGCACGAUCCCUACGGUCGAGGUUUGUGCGGAGGUCUGCGCACGCAAUGAUGAGUGCUUGCAGUAUUCGUUCAACUACGCCGACGGUGUUUGUAAACAUGCUUCUACUACCUUCGCGGGUGUUGCUACCAAUGGCACGCAGUCUGGUUGGAUUACAUCUCGUGUGAACAAGCUUCUCAGGGCAUUCCAGUCUUCAUGCCAUGAGGUGCAAUAUAUCUUCGAUUGA